AGGCAAAAUACUCAACUGUGUGAGAUACUUCGUAAAUUCUAAAAGGCUGCACUAAAGUGGCAAUGUCUCGGGAACCCACUCCACCUCUGCCUGGAGAUAUGUCUACUGGUCCUAUAGCAGAAAGCUGGUGUUAUACACAGGUUAAAGUUGUGAAAUUUUCAUACAUGUGGACCAUUAAUAAUUUCAGUUUUUGUCGAGAGGAAAUGGGUGAAGUGUUAAAAAGUUCAACAUUUUCAUCUGGCCCAAAUGACAAAAUGAAAUGGUGCCUGAGGGUAAACCCAAAGGGAUUAGAUGAUGAAAGUAAAGACUACUUGUCCUUAUAUUUGCUUUUAGUCAGCUGCCCCAAAAGUGAAGUUCGAGCAAAAUUCAAAUUUUCCCUUCUGAAUGCUAAAAGAGAAGAAACAAAAGCAAUGGAAAGCCAAAGAGCAUAUCGAUUUGUGCAAGGGAAGGACUGGGGUUUUAAAAAAUUCAUUAGAAGGGAUUUCUUGCUUGAUGAAGCUAAUGGUCUUUUACCAGAUGACAAGCUUACAUUAUUUUGUGAGGUGAGUGUGGUCCAAGAUUCAGUAAACAUAUCGGGACAUACUAAUACAAAUACUUUGAAGGUGCCUGAAUGUCGACUAGCAGAAGAUUUAGGUAAUCUCUGGGAAAACACAAGAUUUACAGAUUGCAGUUUUUUCGUGAGAGGACAAGAAUUUAAAGCUCAUAAAUCUGUACUUGCAGCUCGAUCCCCAGUUUUUAAUGCCAUGUUUGAACAUGAAAUGGAAGAAAGCAAAAAGAAUCGAGUGGAAAUAAAUGACUUAGACCCUGAGGUUUUUAAAGAAAUGAUGAGAUUCAUUUACACAGGGAAAGCACCAAACCUUGACAAAAUGGCUGACAACUUGUUGGCAGCUGCAGACAAAUAUGCACUGGAACGGCUGAAGGUCAUGUGCGAAGAAGCUUUGUGUAGUAACCUCUCAGUAGAAAAUGUUGCUGAUACCCUUGUCCUUGCAGAUUUGCACAGUGCAGAACAGUUGAAAGCACAAGCCAUAGACUUUAUUAAUAGGUGCAGUGUACUUCGACAACUUGGGUGUAAAGAUGGGAAAAACUGGAACAGCAACCAAGCAACCGACAUAAUGGAGACAUCAGGGUGGAAAUCUAUGAUUCAGUCUCACCCUCACUUAGUAGCAGAAGCCUUCCGAGCACUAGCAUCUGCACAGUGUCCACAGUUUGGCAUUCCACGCAAACGGCUAAAACAGUCCUGAAAUCUUCCAUGAACAGUAGAAAAAUGGAAUUGACUUUUACUCCUCCAGAUCCAGAAGGAUUCUAAUACACAAACCAUAAACAAGAGUUGUUUCUGUUAUUUUGUCCACAGAACAGAAACUGAAAAAAGCAUAUUGCUUGCAUUUCAGGUGGAUAAUUUAUGGUUUAUUCUUCAGCUUUAAAUUAGACUGAUUAAUUCACUUCAAGGCCUUAAAUUAUCUUCUCAAUGACUUCUCUUGUUCAUAUAAUAUUUUAAUUUUUUUCUUGUGCCUUGUCAUUUUGACCAAGGCUAUGCAAGAUUGCACUAGCUCCAUAAUGCAGUAAUAUUGAUAACUGAAGAUAAUAAGUUCAAAAAGAUCUUCCAUUAUGUUUGAGAAAAGAAAAGUGAAUUUUAUAGGGUUUGUCCUAUGCUAUCUCAAAGUUUGAAACUAGGUUCUCCUUAAAAGCACUUGUAUUGGGGUUUACCAGUAAUGUCUCCAGUCUAAGUUCUAUAAAUUUAGGAGAACUUGCUUACCUUCAAGGUAAGUUAUGGCAAUACACUGCUUCACUUCUAAUUUAUUUUUCAUUUCAGGGGGCAAAUAUGCAAUGAGUUGGCCCAAAUUUUUAGUGAAAUUUGUGAUGUUUGUCUGUAUGUUAACUGUCCAACAAACUGUGGGUUGUCAAGUUUACAAUGACUGAGAACUGAUUGUUAAGAUUUCAUGAAGAAAGCAUGUAAUGUAUGGAAAUAAUUUUUUUUUAAAUUUAUAGUGACCACAUUUAUAUGAAGAAUUCUGUACAUGUUAAAAGUAGGAUGACCAAAUGUAAAUUUAAUAAGUGGGCCAAUUAAGAAAGCUAUAUAUGCACUUUUAAUGUGUAAUUUUUGUAUGCUGAAUGGUACAUAUAUUUUUUUGCUUUUGAGGGAAUUAAUAAGGUAUAGUUAAUUGUGUCUUAACUUUUGAAAGAAUUUUUUAAGACAAAUGGAGGCAACUGGGAUGUUGUGAUGAUAGAUGAGAAAAGAUAUCCUUGAUUAUAGUUAAAUUGGUUUGGAUUGAAGAUAUUCGUUAUUGAGUUUACUCCUGUUUUUCACACUUUGGAAAAGACACCUGAACAAUAAACGAGUCCUGGAUAGUCUACUCUCCUUCAAAUAAUGAACUGAUGUUAUUUGCCUGUGGGAGAUGCAUACUAAAGGAGAGAACGCUUAGACUGUAUCAGGCCACACUGAACCUUCGCCCACCCUGUUUUUUCCUUUGUAUUUCAGUUACUGUACUAACAUUGUGGAUGAUACUGAAUUUCUGCAUAAUGUGAACAGGAUAAACUAUUUAUAAACUGCUUUUCAUGGGCCAGUUCCUUAUUAUAAGUGAGUUUUAGCUUUAAACACAUACACACAUUCAGUGUUUGAUAGUUGUGUUCUUAACAGAGUUAUUCUGGUGCAUUAUCCUGGAGAAGCAGGAGCAGUCAGUGUCAGAUCCUACUUCUGACUUACUGUGGUAGUGACAAUGUGCUUCUUAAACAAGAUUUAUAUUUGACCACAAGGGUAAAAGUGUGUCACUGGAAAAAAAUGCAUAUUCCUGUAGGUUUCCAUACAGUUUUAUUCUUCAGAUUAAGAUUUAUAUAAUUUGUUUAUUUAAUUUUUGCAUUCAGGACAAAAGGAAAAAAACGAAGCUUGAGGUUUUCAAAUAGAUAUUAUGUUUUGCUAUCUCUUUGUUAGAUGUUAACUAACUGAACAAUUCUGAUAUAUCAAGAGUGGUUUAUAUUUACAUUGAACAAACUGUCAAAUAAGCAUUUGUUAAAAAAAACUCAUAUUUUCACAUAUCUUUGUUUCUUUCUGUAUAGUUUCAGUUUUCGUUAUGGUAACUUAAAUUUGAAAUUGGAAAACUCCCUUGGUAAUAGAAGAAAGAUUCUUACCUGGUGAUGAACUUCAUUCGGUGUAAGAAUAUUGUUGGAAGUAGACAUUCACUUGCUUAAUUCCACCAUAAGAUUGAGCCUAUUAUAUACACACUCUUUUAUGAGAUGGGUCUUGCUAUGUUACACAGACAGGUCUCCAACUCCUGGCUUCAAGCAGGCCUCCCUCCUCAGUAUCCCAAAGUGCUAGGAUUAUAGGCAUGAGCCACUGCACCCAGCUUAUAUAAACUUUUAAUUUAAGAUUUUUGCCGGGGUCUUAUAAGAAAACAACAACUCCCUUAAGCUAUAGAAUUAUGUUGUCAUAUAUCAGAAAAGUACUAAUCUAUCCAUUUAUAUCAAAUGCACACCACACCGGCACAUUGUGAAUUAAUUCACUUCUUGAAUCUACAUUUCUAACCACAAAAGUAACUUCAGUAAUAAUACCAUAUAAUGAACGUUUCUGUUUAUUCUUACUUACUCUAGUGCUUAUUGCAGACUUAAAGAUUUUAUUAUAUAUUUUUUUAAUUUGGUAGCACAUUUUGUACCAAAAAUGUCAAACACUGUGCUGUAAGAAUAUCCAUGUUUGUAAAAAUGUCCACUUUUCAGAUAAUAUAAUGCCUACCAUUAUAACUAACAGAAUAUGGUAGUUGAUUUAUUUUUUAUUUAUUAUGUAUAUUUUUGGUUUUUUGGGUUCUUGAGGCAAUGAUAUAAAACUGUUAAUGUAGUCUGACAUGAAUGCUCUAAUAGCCUCCCCCUCCCUCCCUUUCUAAACUACAUGCAUUGUUUUCAAAAUAGGCACAGAUCUGUCCAGCCUUUUGAGCUAUCAGCCUAUUGUUGUUUCCCUCUUGUCACUUAACAGGGCUUUUUCUUAGAAAGUAGUGAGUGAUUUUAAAUAUAACAUAUUAUAAAAAGUCAUUGGAUAAACUAUUCUUUAGACAAAAUAUAGACACUAUAUUUGUGCCUUUUUUAUUUUUUAAUUUUAAUGUGUACUGAUAUUUGGAGCACAAAUAUGAAGGUGCCAUAAUAUGGCUUGCCAAUGUUACCUCCUUGAAUAGUCAUGUGUCAUUGUCUUGAAAUGGUAAUUGGAGAAUCUUGCAUGAAUUAUGUCGUGUGUUUAUGUAUGCGUGUGCGCGUGUAUGUAUAUGUAACUGUAUUUGCUUGGGCCUUAUGUGUGGUAUAUUCAAAAGACUGAAUUUCUGAAUAUAGGAAUAAGUUAAACGUUGAAAGUUUAGGUUAGUUGAAAUAUUUCAUUUAAAUAUGCUGUAUUUGGGGGGACAGUUGAUUAGCAGAGGAACGAUAAUUCUCAAAAAUGUGAUCAAUUUAUUACUGCAUGAUGAAAUGUGAAAAACAGUGCCUUUUUAGGACAACAGUUACAAUAAAAUUAAAUUUUAAAAUAUUAACAAUCUCUUGAAAAAUUGUCAUGAACAUUAUUGGUUUGUUCUUAAACUAGAUCUGUGUAAGAGCUUAGAUGGCCAAAAGUAUAAUUAAUAAUUUAUUUACCCAUUUAAAUUCCGUGCAUAUAUUUCAAAUCUAAGCAGAAUUCCUUAUAAAAUUGUGGAUCCUAGAUAUUACUCAGUGUUACUAAAAUGGAACAGGAACUUUGUUCAGUAAGUUAAGUUUUGUGAAAAUCCCCAAUUAAACAAGCUUUGCUCAUAGCCAAGUAUGCUUGAAGAGGUGAAUUAUUCUGACUUGGACACGCAUGCUCUUUAAUGGAUAAAAUAAAUAUAUUCAGUGUAUUCUUACAAAAGAAGGUAGGUGGAUGAGUGAGUUUGUUUUAGUGUUCUCAGAUUAUAAUGACAGCACUUUCAGCACACAUAAGAGUAUUUUACAAACCUUUUUUAUACAGAUUACAAGCUCUACUUUAUUUAAGUGUUCAUGGAAUGAUGUAAAUUUUAGGUCCAGUUGAACAAAUAUUGAGUGCCUAUCAUAUGCAAGACUUCCUCUUCACUAGGAAUGAAAUCACACCGUGUCUUCUGUUUGCAGUAUGUGAACUUUAUGUUUGACAAGAAAUUCUUAUAUUUAAAUCUUUUUCUGUUAGAGUUUAUCAUUAUAUACUGUAACUCAGUAAAUUUUGCAUUCAGUUUUUUAAAAAGAAGAUAUAACUUAAAUGAGUCUCAUUUUUGAAAAUAAAAUUCUACAAAAAUUAUUUGAAAAUUAGUUCUGGGGGAAAUUGAUUUUCAAGAUUUAAAUGUAUAAAAACUUGUAUUGAACUUUUCAGCCUUGUUUUUAAUUAGCUGAUGUGAACAAUGAGAUACAUACUACUUGUAUCUUGUUGCUGAAAAUAUUUUUUGCAUUUCAACACAUUGAGUUAAAAUAAAGUUGUUACUACUUAUUCAGA